CUAUCGUUAGUGGUUAUUCAGUGAAUCAGAAUAAAAAUAUUAGACUUAUUAAUAUUAGAAUUAAGGACAUGAGUGAUUUGCCCUAUUCACGCUUGUUGUCGGUAUCGGACGAUGAGAAAGAGUUUGUUACAUUAGAAGAGCUUAAAACUCAUCAUUUAGCAGACCUUGGUGAAGCAAAAACUAAUGAACAAGACCAAAAUCAGCACCAAUACUUGACUGAUCAACAACACAUCCUAGUUCCAAAUCAUCAGGAUGAACAAGAGCAAGGAUACAACGUCUAUUACGAUUUAAACACUCAAAAAUCAAAUAUAACAAGUUUAUAUCAAGACAUGACAAUUGGAAAUAAUUUCAUGCGAUCAGAUACAACAACUAAUCUAAUGGAUUCCUCAGGUUCUGGAAAUAUUGACAAUAUGCAGUACGAUCAGUACAAUAAGGGAUCAAGAAAGCGCAAGUUCUCUUUUUCAGAAGUUAGCGACAUCGAGGAAGAUGAUGCGAAAUCAAUUAGAACAACAGACGAUAACAAAAAAGCCAAUCAUUCUGAAAUUGAGAAGCGACGAAGGGAUAAAAUGAAUAACUUUAUCUCUGAGUUGUCUGCCAUGAUCCCAAUGUGCCAUGCAAUGUCGCGAAAGCUAGACAAAUUGACUGUUUUAAGGAUGGCAGUUCAGCACUUGAAGACCAUUCGAGGUGCUGUACAUUCCUACACAACUGAUUUCAAGCCAAGCUUUUUGUCUGAUCAGGAACUUAAAAUGUUGAUUUUACAAGCUGCAGAAGGGUUUCUUUUUGUCGUUGGAUGUGACAGAGGAAGAAUUCUUUAUGUUUCUGAAUCGGUAUCAGAAAUUUUAAAUUACACACAAGGAGAGCUUUUAGGUCAAAGUUGGUUUGACAUUCUACAUCCAAAAGACAUAGCAAAAGUAAAGGAACAACUGAGUUCGUCUGAUUUAAGUCCACGUGAGAGACUAAUCGAUGCAAAAACAAUGCUGCCUGUAAAACAUUCCGAUGUUCCAGCAGUAACUCGAUCAUUCUUUCCCGGUGCAAGACGUUCAUUCUUUUGUCGCAUGAAAUGCAAAUCUUCAGUGCAAGUGAAAGAAGAGACAGACACAAACAAUGCAUCUACAUGCCAUCGUCGUAAUAAAAAGCAAAUGGCUGAUAAAAAGUUUGUAACAAUUCAGAGUAUUGGAUAUUUAAAAUCAUGGGCUCCAGCAAAAAUAGGUAUUGAGACAUCAGAACAAGAAUCAGAGACUGAAGGUGAAUGCUUAUCACUUUCAUGUCUUGUUGCGGUCGGAAGAUUAAUAGACUAUAAUAAUGAUGGAUUUUGCAUAAAUAUGAAGCCAAAUGUUACAAAUAAUAGCAACAGGGGAAAUCCAGUCUUGCGAAAUGUUCAAUUUAUUUCGAGACAUGCAAAUGACGGAAAGUUUCUAUUUGUUGAUCAGCGAGCCACAUUAGUAUUGGGUUUUUUGCCUCAAGAAUUACUUGGUACAAGCAUGUAUGAAUAUUUUAAUCAUCGCGAUAUUGCAGCACUGGCUGAGUCUCAUAAAAUUGCUUUAACUACUUCGGAGAAAGUGACAACACCGAUUUAUGGAAUGCGGACAAAGGAUAAUGGUUUUAUUAAUGUUCAAAGUGAAUGGAAGUCUUUUAAAAAUCCUUGGACAAGGGACAUUGAAUUUCUCAUCGCAAAAAAUAACGUCAUCCUUUCUGACUUGCGCAAUUAUGAGAAUGGCAAUCAAAGUAGGAACAAUGACAAUAAUGAGAACAAUAAUUAUGAUUUUUUGAACCAAACAAACGGACGAGAAAUGACACGAAUGAUAAAUACACAUAUCGAAGCAAGUAAAAUUGGACGACAAAUUGCGGAGCAGGUGUUAGACUAUCAAAGACGAUUGGGUGAUGCUUCACCUGACUCUAGUAGCUCCGAUCCUGACCCAACAUUGGCACAAACUAUUUCAUUAGUUACUGAAAGUCAUCAAGCAGCCACAAUGAGUAUGGAUAAUUCAUCGGUAUCUUCUGAAAUGCCAACAAGGUUGAAUGGAACUUACUCAAAUUUUUCCACAUUCAAUCACUCGCGAACAAAUUCAACUAUGAAUAUAGAAAAUGGUACCAGUGAAGUCUCAACUGCAGACGGUAAUGAUGAUGCUUCAAUGGCUGUUUUGAUGAACUUACUAGAAGCUGAUGCUGGUUUAGGAGGAAAUAUUGACUUCUCUGGUCUUCCAUGGCCACUCCCAUAAUUUUAAGGAAUUAUUCAUUCCAUCACAGCAGCUAACGAUGAUUUAGUUCUUUUUCGAACAAAUAAUGACGAUCAAAAAUUAUAUACACAAUAGAUGUAGAACUGUUUAUUUGGUAUGAAGCAUAUUAAAUAUUUUACUAGGAAAUUGGACCUCAAAAUUAAUUUCUUUAAGACAUUCCUUAAGACGAAUAGUUUAAACACCAAAGUGUCAGGUUUAAUCGACU